AUGAGAAUUUCGCUCCUUUCAUGGCUUUCCUUGAUACCCUUAUGCUCACUUUUUCUCAGCUUCCUUGUCUUUGCGGUGUCUGGACAAUGUCUAGGCAAGCAGCAAUCAUUGUUGCUUGAUUUGAAGAACAGUCUCAAAUUCAACAGUACUUUGUCCACAAAAUUGGUGUAUUGGAAUGAAAGUACUGAUUGCUGUUCAUGGGAAGGUGUAACCUGCAGUGAGGGACGUAUUAUUUGUCUCAACCUAGACAGUGAAUCAAUCUAUGGCGGCCUUGACAAUUCAAGUAGCCUUUUUCGUCUCCAGUAUCUCCAAAACCUAAGGUUGGCUUCAAACAACUUCAACCAUUCUCAGAUUCCACCCGAAUUUGGAAAUCUGACGAAUUUGAGUUACUUAAACCUAUCAAAUUCUGGCUUUUCAGGCCCAGUUCCCACUCAGAUUUCACGCCUCACAAGGUUGGUUACUCUUGAUUUGUCUACCCUCUUGAGUAUUUCUUCACUGCGCCUUGAGAGCUUAAAUUUUGCUACUCUAGUUCAGAACCUUUCACACCUUACAGAACUUUAUCUUGAUGGUGUAUUUAUAUCAGUGCUAGGGAUUGAGUGGUGGCCUCUUCAUUCUUCCUUACAAAAGCUUCGGUCUCUUUCAGUUAUUCAUCUUAACAAUAAUCAUUUUUAUGCUACGAUUCCAGAAUUUUUUGCAAAUUUCACAAAUUUGUCUUCCUUGAAACUCAGUUCUUCCAGAUCGAUUAAAACAUUACCAAGAAAGAUCCUCCAAAUUCCAACACUACAGUUGCUUGAUUUAUCAAAGAAUGAACUUAACGGUUCUCUGCCAGAAUUUCAUCCAAAUGGUGCUCUUCAAUCACCACUGCUUACUUAUUUGGUUCAUUUGGACAUGUCGUUCAAUAACUUCAGCGGACCAGUUCCAUCAUUCAUCAUGGCAAAGAAUCUUACAGAGAUAAACAUUUCAAAUAAUAAUUUAACAGAUACUCUUGAUUUGAGUAGCAACAACCUUGAAGGGCCAAUACCCAUGACUAUCUUUGAACUCAGAGGCCUCCAGAAUCUCCUACUUUCUUCAAACAAUUUUAGCGGUUCCUGGCAGCUUAAUGCAUUUCAGCAGUUGAGAAAUCUUUCAAAUCUUGGUCUUUCACAUAAUAGCUUGUUGAUUGAAUAUAAUGGAGCUAAUUCUUUGUCCUUUCCCAAAAUUGAGUCAUUGGGCUUGGCUUCUACCAAGUUGAAAACAGUUCCUGAUUUCUUAAGAAACCAAUCCAAUUUAGUCAUUCUAGACCUUUCAGAUAACCAAAUUCAUGGAGAGAUACCCAACUAG